UGCACUGCACUCGCGCACACACGCACACACACCAACACCUCAUCAUGUCAAAUACAAACGAAAGCAACAACUCGCUCAGUUUCUUCUUCAUCUCUUGCUGAAUUUCGGUUUCAAUUCUCACCGUUAUUCUCAAUCUCGAGGUUCAAACCUCCAUCGCCAAUCCUCUUUUUCUUUUAUUUUCGGACUCAUCAGUUGCGCUUAUCUUCCUUUUCCUUCGUUUUUAGCUCAACUAUCCAAUACUGUGAAAUGAUGCACCCAGUGCCAAUAGUUAUUUUUGGGUGCUGCAGAUAAGGCGAUAUGGGCUGUUGGUGCUGUUGUUGUUCUUCCAAGGAAACUGAAUUGAGCGCUCCACCUGCAUACUAUUAUUACCCAAGAGCAUCAGAGGAGCAUGUUCCACUAUCAUCUCACCAGGGUGCUGCCUCUGCUUUCUUUGGGAGGCUGUUGGUUGAUACUAAUCUAGAUACUUCUAGUCCUAAUACAUAUAGACCACCUCCUCCUCCUAUCCCUUUCAAUGUUACGUUAGGUGCCGCUCAAACUCCACCUGUGGCUCAAGAAAUUUAUGGUGACAAGAAUAAUACAUCCUUGCAUUCCUCAAAUUCUAAUUCAGUUCAAGAACUAGUUGCUGGAGACAAUCAUGGGAACUCAGCUAAGUUGGAAGAGCUGAAGGAAUCAGAGUGCAAAGUUCAGACUGAUCUAGAACAAGACUUGGCAAAGGAUUCUGAAAUUGAACUUCCAAAGUUGGGAGAACCUAUAAAUUUAGCAGAAGAGGAAGAUGCAUGCCCAAUUUGUUUAGAAGAGUAUGAUGCAGAGAAUCCAAAACUUACCACAAAAUGUGACCAUCAUUUUCACCUUGCUUGCAUUCUGGAAUGGAUGGAAAGAAGUGAAACUUGUCCUGUGUGUGAUCAGGAUAUGGUUUUCAAUCCUCCCAUUGAAUAAUACAUAUCAACUUAGGAGUUCAAAUAAACUGUGAGAUAGCUUUUGAGAAGCAAGGUUACAAAAUCAUGAGUCCACUAUUCUAGCAACCCGAGCGAGCAUAUGGCUGUAUUUUGAUUGUUUUGUUUUGAGUUUCCUGAGGAUUUAUUCCAUUUUUUAUGCAGAGUCCCUUGUGUUGGUUACAGGAAAUUAAAGGAAAGUAAAAUGUUCUCUUUUCAUAGUUUUCAAUUAGAAAGUUAAAGUGAUAUCAGGAUACUACAGGCCAUGCCUUGCAUAGAUUAUCUUAAUUCUUAGGAGACAGUAUAAUUGCAACACAGAAUGAUCAAUAUGAUUUUUCGUUCUUCUCUUAUUGUUAGACUAUCAGACUCUUGUUAUAUUUGUCAAAGAAUGAUCCGAUGCUUUCACU